CUGAGCUCCAUCCUGGCCCCUUAUCCCCCAGCACUUUCCCUUUCUCUUUCUCUAAAUGUAUGUCUUCUUGCUCCUGGCUCCUCCCCGUUGAAUAACUGCCAUAUAGUUUUCUUUUAUGUUUCAUAGUAAAGUCCUUCCCAGUGCAGAGAACUGCCUGGCUGGUGUGAGGAGCAGCCGGGACCACAGAGGUGGUGGAGAGAUGGCCCUCAUCUGCGACCAGCUUUCCGUCGUGAACCCAGUCGUCCCCUUCUCUAGGGCCAUACCAGAGGGCCUCCAGUAUGGACAUCAGGUCACUAUCAAAGGGAUGUUUCUUCCGUCCUGUGGAACCAGGUUUGCUGUGAACUUUCAGACGGGCUUCAGUGACAGUGACAUUGCCUUCCACUUCAACUCUCGGUUUGAAGAGGGCGGGUAUGUAGCCUGUAACACCACACAGAAAGGACAGUGGGGGCCAGAGGAGAGGAGGAUGAUCAAUCCCUUCCAGAUGGGAAUUCCUUUUGAGAUCAGCUUCCUGGUGGAGAACCCUGGAUUCCAGGUGACUGCCAUCCUCUGCUGCAGCCUGUCCGCUCCAGGUCCUUGA